GAAUGGGAAGAAAAAGCAUAAGUGGAGGGAUGUCCGUUGAAUUUCAAUAAUUCGGUUUCACUCCUAAAUAUAUAUUUACUUAUUUUUUCAAAAAAGAAGACUAUUCAUCUCAGAGAGGUUUGCUGAAAAUUUUAUCAAUAAUAAACGAAUGGAGGAUGUUCUUGUAAACUUGCUUUCAUUAUAGGCUUAAUGUGAUCUUAAUGCUUAAUUUGAUGUUUAAUUGGUCAAGCAUCUAUAUUUUUUUGAACUUGAAGGAUGUCUUGUUCGUGGACAGUGGCGACCCAUGGAACCCAAAGCCGGAGACAUCUAGUAAUGUUAUGGCAAUGCUUCAAGGUGUUCAUAGAGUUUUGAAACCUCAUGGCAUUUUCCUCUCUAUCACCUUCGGCCAGCCACACUUCAGGCGUCCUUUCUUUAAUGCUCCAGUAUUUACCUGGUCCAUUGAGUGGAGAACAUUUGGCGAUGGAUUUCAUUAUUUCUGCUAUAUCUUGAAGAAGGGAAAAAGAUCAUUAGACAAUGGAGAUGCUGCAAAGGUUGAUGUGCCAUCCAUAUCACUUUACCACGAGGAAUUAGACGAUGAAUCCUAUUUAUUUCGAACCAAUUUCGAUGAGAUGUGAUAUCAGAUAUUGAAGGUUAAAUUUUCAAGUUCUCAUUAGUUUGCUCCUGUACUCUUGCUAUGACACUUGUUGUGGUUAGAACUAUUGGAAUAGAUUUUUUCCGAAAAGUUUUGUACCAUCUGCUUAUAUACAUCUAUAUUGAUUGUUGCCAAACUACUCCUUGCUUGCUGUUUAGUGUUUACUGUCAGCCAUUCCUCGCUAUUGUGCACCCGACAGUGGAAUGAAAGGGUGAUUCUUAAUGCGACGUGUUUGAAAAGGUUGUUGGGGGACCAAAAGAGCUUUUAGAUUGAGUUCACAACCAAGGGUAUUUCCUUCUGCAGAUUUCUGAUUCUUUCUCGUCACUUGUGAACAACUGCAACAGGCUAUGUGAAACUAUAGAACCUACUUGUUACAUUCAGUCGUGGAUUUUUGUUAUAAUUUUCCCCUUUUGUAACUUAAAGAUUCAAAGAAUACUUUGUACCCAGUAUAAGAUGCUAUUAGAAAAUGUUGUGAUUUAUUUA